GGGGUCAAAUGGCCCGGGGCCCCGCAGGAGGGGCUUCCUCCCGGCCUGAACUUGGCUGACCUCCGCGGCUUCCUCUGGGAGCCUCCGGGCCUCCCCAUCCUCGGAGGUGGAGGGACUUACCUGACUCGUGACCUCGAGAAUCCUCGAGAUGGCUUCCCAGAGCCAGGGCCGUGGCGACUUGGGCGGAACGUUGCCUUCCAACUUCUUGAACCAGUUUUUGUCUGCUGUGGAACAGCUGAGGGAGGACUUCAACAGGGGCUUCUCUGAAAUCAUGGUCCGGCUAGACAGCAACACAAGCCUGAUGGAAAAUUUAUCCCAGAUGAUGGAGACCUUCAGUAGGUCCCAGGGUGUGCUGGAGAAGGUCAAGACCACCCAGGGCUCAGCUAAGGAAGAAACCAAGCAAGUCCCACAGGACCCCAAGUUAAAAGCCACCCCAAGGCCUCAGCCUUGCACCAGAAUUCGGUUCCUCUCAGAUGCUGAUGAGCAACAGGAACAACAGCCCGUCUGGGACAGGGAGCCCCAGUUCUGGCGAGACAGCCUGACCCAGGAACUCUGGGAACUUUACAAGAACCAACAGGGAAACGGGGGUGAGGGUCCCUCAAAGGUGAGGGGGAACGAACGCCUUGGUGUCCCAGCCACAAACCUCACCUCUCUCUCUCUCCCUCCCUCCUCCUUGCCUGUUGUCAUGGCACCAGAGAAGCUGCUGGGAUUGGAAAGUAAAGAUUCAGGCCUGCAUGACUCUAAACUGGACCGCAAGCUCAGGCACAGGAGCAGUUUGAGUGACUCUGACCUGCUUGAUGUUCCCCAGAAGGACAUCAGCCAGUUGCAGUGUGAGACCCAGGAAUCUUCUGGAAGGGCUGACACAUUUCUGAUGCCCCUGUCAUGGGACUCCGAGGACUUGGAACACAGCUGUCAAAGGCCUGACGACUUGCUCUGGCAAUCAGGUGGUGUCCCACAGGCCCUGCAGAAGGUGCGUGUGCUGAAACACCAGGACCUGCUGUUCUCGAUGGCCGUGAGCUGCCUGACGCAGCACGUCUUCACCUGCAGCCGCCGUGGCAUCAAGGUGUGGAGCCUCACGAGCGAGGUGGCCGAGGACAGAUUCCCCGAAAGCUACUUGCAGUGCAGCGGCCAGGCCAGUGGGGCCUACCUGCGCACCUGCCUGCUGUCCGCCAAUAACAGGAGCCUGUUCGCGGGUGGACACAACCUGGCCUGUGUGACAGUGUGGGAUCUGACUGCCCCAUCCCUGUACGAGAAGUGCCAGCUGCCCUGCCAGGGUCUGUCCUGCCAGGCGCUGGCCAACACGGAGAGCAGCGUGGCCUUUGGUGGCUUCACAGACGGCACGAUCAGGAUAUGGGACCUACGAAGCCAGGGAGUGGUCAGGGACUUAGAAGGCCCUGUCAGUGCAGCCAAGAACCUCAUGGUCAAAGAUAACAAACUCUGGACAGGGGGUCUGGACGCCUCUCUGCGGUGCUGGGACCUGCGGACGGCCAAGGUGGUGGUGGAGUGCACAUUCCAGUCCCAGAUCAUGAGCCUGUUGCACAGUCCGACGGAAGACUGGCUGCUGCUGGGCCUGGCCAGUGGCCAACACUGCUUGUUCAACAGCAAGACAAGCCAGGUGCAAACUGCGAGCACCAAGGACAAGACCAUCUUAGGCCUCAAGUUCUCCCCAAACGGCCAGUGGUGGGUGAGCGUGGGGAUGGACAACCUCAUCACUAUCCACAGAAUGCCCACAGGAGCGAAACUCUUGCAGGUCCGGGAGGCUGGCUCUGUCACAUGCUGUGACGUGAUAGACAAUGGCAAGCUGGUUGUCACAGGAUGUGGGGACUGUGCCUCGGUGUACCAGAUCAAGUACUGACAGCUUCAGCCCCCUCCCCCGUCUCUUUCCCCAACUGCACAGUGGUGGGUGGCGGUGGGUGUGAAGGGUUUACAAUGAUCCUGGAGAGUCCCAUGGGCUGUGAAGACCCCUCAUCACACCUAAUAAACCAAUUGAGAAGGCA